GUCUCCGGUGAGCACACGGACCAAUUUACGGCUUUUCAUCGCUCGCCAUUUUCCCCCGAGCAUCCCUCCAAAAAACCACGCCUGCAUUCCCGCCCACUGAGUCCCCACAGACGAUGCAAAACACGGCGUCCUUGAACGCCCAGGAACCAGCCAUGGACGCACCGCGUGCUGAUGCCAGUUACAUAAAAAACGGCACUUCUCCAUUUCUAGACGAGCCGGCGGUCAAGCGAGAACACGUGGAAGACGACAACGUGCUGCCUGUCGAGAACGGCGCCAAAAAGCAAAAAGCAGACCCUGCGGCGCCCAUGGUGGUGGUCCCCCACAAGAAGCCGCACUUGUUCUACAGCCCGUUGAAGACCGGCAUCGUCUACGACGUGCGCAUGCGGUACCACGCCAAGAUCUUCACGCUGUACUUCGAGUACAUCGACCCGCACCCGGAGGACCCGCGGCGCAUCUACCGCAUCUAUAAGCGGUUGGCAGAGGCCGGGCUCAUCCAGGACACGUCGUUGCUGGGGUCCAACGACAUCGGCCCGCUCAUGGUCAAGAUCCCCAUCCGCGAGGCGUCCGAGGAGGAGAUCUUGCAGGUGCACACCGAAAACCACCUCCGGUACAUCCAGCAGACAGAGACCAUGACGCGCGACCAGCUCCUCGAGGAGACCGAGAAGGGCGACUCCAUCUACGUCAACAACGACUCGUUCCUCCUGGCCAAGUUGUCGUGCGGCGGGCUGAUCGAGGCGUGCCGCGCCGUCGUCGAGGGCACGGUCAAGAACCUGUUGGCCAUCGUGCGCCCGCCGGGCCACCACGCCGAGCCAAAUGCGCCCGGCGGGUUCUGUCUCUUCAGCAACGUCGCGGUGGCCGCCAAGAACAUGCUCCGCAUGUACCCGGAGUCCGUGCGGCGCAUCGUGAUCGUCGACUGGGAUAUCCACCACGGCAACGGCACGCAGCGGGCGUUCUACGACGACCCGCGCGUGCUCUACAUCUCGCUCCACCGGUUCGAGAACGGGCGCUUCUACCCCGGCACCAAGUACGGCGGCGCCGACAUGGUGGGCAAGGGCAAGGGCGAGGGUUUCUCGGUCAACGUGCCCUGGCAGGACGCCGGCGUCGGCGACGCGGACUACAUGCACGCGUUCCACCGCGUGGUGUUGCCCAUCGUCAGCGAGUUCGACCCGGACUUGGUCAUUGUCAGCUCGGGCUUCGACGCCGCGGACGGCGACAUCAUCGGCCAGUGCCACGUCACGCCCGCCGGCUACGGCCAGCUCACGCACAUGCUCAAGGCCGUGGCGCGCGGCAAGCUCACCGUGAUCUUGGAGGGCGGCUACAACUUGGACGCCAUCAGCCACAGCGCGCUCGGCGUGGCCAAGGUGCUUGUGGGCGAGCCUCCCGAGGCCACGGUCACCACGCAGCCCCGGCUCGACACGCUCGAGACCGUCAGCGAGGUCGUGCGCAUCCAGGCCAAGUACUGGCGCAGCAUGCGGCCAGGAAACGCGGCGCGUCUGUUCGAGGACGCGUACGACGUGGCCGGCGCCCCGCUCCUCUCGCUUGCCGAGCCCAUGCGCGCGUACCAGGCGCAGAAGCUUUUCCAGACGUUCGGCUUCAUCGGCCUCCCGGUGCUCGCGGCCACCGACGCCAAGCUGCCGCUGUUCACCACGGACUUGCCGGCGCACCUCGAGGACCUUGUGCUUGCGAGCCGCGACAUCGGCACGUGCGGCACGGUGGUGGUGCUGGUGCACGACCCGCCGGAGGUGUGGGCCAACGUGAACCCGGUUUCAGGCAACAUCGAGAGCAACUCGUCGGUGGUGCUCGAGCACCCGUUGCCCAAGCUCAUCCGCACGGUGCAGAAGGAGCUCGAGGGCGACGGCGAGAACGCGCGGCUCGGCUUCAUCGACAUCAACGUGCCGUCGUUCACGGACGCCGUGGCCGCCAACGGGCUGGCCAGGCUGGGCGACUACAACGCGACGAUCUUCGCGCAGGAGCUCUUGCUCUGGGUGUGGGACCACUAUCUCUGCUACUUCCAGCAGUUGAAGAAGGUGGUGUUUGUGGGCUAUGGCGACGCUUACCAGGCGAUCGUGCACCUAUACGCCAAGCGGCCGCCGCAGGAGAUCCGCGACUUGGUCCAGGGCACGGUGGUGUUUGCCAACCGAACCACACUCCGGCCCAUCGUGCCCGUCAUGGACGAGUCCAUGGUGGACUGGUUCUACCAGAACUCGGUGGUGUUCACUAGCCCGAUGAACCCCUGCUGGAUGGGUGCCACAGGCAAGCCCGAGGGCGAGGAGUCCAGCCGCCGCCCGCGCAAGAAGUUCGGCCGCGUGUUGCGUGCCUCCGCCGAUGGCUUGUGGGAGGUCAUCAACGAGAAGUUCGACGAGGGCGUCGACUUUAUUCUAGAUUCGGUCUCCGACUACUCGGGCUCCGAGUCCGCCUAAAUACCACUAUGUAUGCAAUAUCAGGCCCUCGUAUCCUCACACGUAGCUCGGGAAUCGCCGGGCAAAUUGUUUUUCGAGGUCGUCCAAGUCCGGCAAGGACACCUCGCUUGAAGUGCUGAGCUUCCUCUCGCUAGCGUUCUUCAAGUGUUGCGGCUUGGCG